AUGAGGUUGUCCAACGCUUUCGUAUUGGCCACCACCGCCUCUGCUGCUGCCGUCUCAUCCCCUGCCCUGCCGGCCGAUGACAUACUCCUAGCCAUCAAUCAAUCCCUCCGCCUUGUGGAUUCUAGGGCGGCAAUGCUCGUUUCGCAAGUUCGGCACGGAGCGAUCAACAACGUCGGUACUCUGGCCGACAGCUAUCAUGAGCUCAUUUUUUCACUCCGCGGCGCUGUGAGAGCGGUGGAUGACGUAUGGAGGCCUCUUCCGAAAGACGCGCCCAUGCGUAUCGUAGAGUCUCUUCGGCCCUUCCAAAAGAUACCCGCCUCCCUCCGAUCCGCUCUGAAGGAGAGGCUGGACGCCAUCGCCGAGCGUCCUGGGGGUUGCCAGGCCGUCGACGAUAACAACCGCCAGCUUGGGUUGGACUUUGAUCGCUUGUACUGGGAAAUAGCCUCGUCCUCGUCCUUUUCCGCCAUUCACGAGACGGUCUCGUCGCAGCAGAAACAAUUCGAAACGGCCAUGAGAGAGUUGACGGACGAGUUCUCGUCCCGCUGCUUGCGACGGGCGCAAGCUAGCGCAUAG